AUGGAGAGCCAGAGAGGCGGCGAGAAGCCGAUGGCCAGGGCCAGGAAGACGGAGAAUGUCGACGAAGCUUUCCUGGAGACCUUCAAAUGGAUGGAUGAAGAGGAAGAUCUAGACCUCCGUCUUCACCUCGACGACUACCACGCCAAUCUGCGAGAUACCGUGCCGGUCCAAACCAAAGAUCACCGUCCAUCCUUUCGUCGCCAUCUUUCAAUAAACAAGAUACCCUUUGGGCGCGCUUCAGUUUCAUCGAGUCGACCUACAGUCAGCAGUACGACAUCCACCCCAACUUCCCCAACGUCAACCCUGGUGACGAAUACACCGCACGCCAGACGGAAAUCCCGAGCGCUUUCCCUGAUACAGCCGCGGCACAUACCCCAGGAGUCUACGGGCUCGGCAGCAUCUUUCGAUCCUGCAGCGGCACAUUACCAGGAUCCCGAAGCCCGGCUGAAACUCCGUGUCUAUCUUGCUUCGCCUCAGAAAUUUGACGAAGCCGUCCAAUUCGGCUUUCCCUCAAACGAUGUUCUCUCGGCCCGGCCGGCUCAAACGUCUGAGAACUUGAAGAGGAACAACUCCCGCCGCGUACUUUCGGAAGACACGUCUCAAUGCAGAACUUUUUUUUCAGACGACCAAUCGUCAACCUAUAGCGAGGACAUCUCGCUACCUGAUCCAGAAUCGCCGAGGACUCCGCACAGUCCUGAGAAGCAAACCGCCAAACCCCAGCAGCUGGCACCUGAAAUCGACACCAAUUACUCGAGAAAAAUCUCAGAAAGCUACGCUCAAGCUCCCGCGGCGUCGAGAGAGAUGACGCUACGAAUGACGCUUACCCGGCCUGACCUGCGUGCCUGCGAAGACCAAAUCUAUGGAUGGCAGAGUGAGACAACUACACAGGCAGGCGGAUCGUCCCUCGCCCGUGAGGAAUUGCCGCCGCGGGUAAACAAUGCAGAUAGCAGACCAAAGGAGAGCUUUGAGCGAUUUUUCGCCAGCCUCGAUGAGGAGGAGUCGCCAGCUACGAACGGAGGCGUUGUGAAGCGCAUGUGGAAUAAAAUGCGGCGGUCUUAG